GCUCCGUUUGAGUCAUUUGACGAGAAAGGCGCCUAUCGGAGUUGGUGCAGCGAAGGACGAGACACGCUGGGAAAACAGGGAGCACCGAGUUCGAAACCAGGUGAGCCAGCAGUUGCAACUGCAAAACCCGGCGACGUUGCCAAGACGGACAAGACAGCGAUUGAGGAAAAGAAAGAAGUUGAUAAACCGGCCGAAGAGAAGAAAGGAAGAAAAGAAAGAAGAGGAGAAGAAGGAGGUCGAAUCAACAGGAGGAGAGUUAAUCCGGUGUUCGCCAUGCUUGACGUGGGCAAGAGUCUCGACAUAGUCAUCAGUCGAACAGGCGGCCCAGUGAAACCCGAGAAAAUCCUUGUUCUCACCACACCGUUUGAGGGAACCGAAGCACAAAAAGCUUACAUGGACAAAGAAAACAUCAAUCCAUCCAUAUUAACUGUUCCUUUGGUGGCUAAGAGC